UUGAAGAACAGCUGAAGCAAAAUGGCCCCCAGAAAGGCUAAAGUGCAAAAGGAGGAAGUGCAGGUCCAGUUGGGUCCUCAGGUGCGCGAUGGCGAGAACGUUUUUGGCGUUGCCCACAUCUAUGCCAGCUUCAACGACACGUUCGUGCAUGUCACCGACUUGUCUGGACGCGAGACCAUCGCUCGCGUCACCGGCGGCAUGAAGGUGAAGGCCGAUCGUGAUGAGGCUUCCCCCUACGCCGCUAUGUUGGCUGCCCAGGAUGUCGCUGAGAGGUGCAAGACCCUUGGCAUCACUGCGCUCCAUAUUAAAUUGCGUGCAACUGGUGGCAACAAGACUAAGACACCCGGACCCGGCGCCCAAUCGGCGCUGCGUGCUUUGGCUCGUUCAUCAAUGAAGAUUGGUCGCAUUGAGGAUGUUACUCCUAUCCCAUCCGACUCUACCCGCAGGAAGGGCGGUCGUCGUGGUCGCCGUCUAUAAGGCGCCAAAUUUGUACGGCUGGAUUUCUAUGCUGCGUUAUUUUAUUUUGUUAUGCAUGCAGUUAUAUCUGUAAUAUCUGCUGAUGUAUGAACGACAAAUGAUAAUGCGCUAAUUAUUAAAUAUAUAUAAUACAUCUGAUAAUGUAGUAAUAAAUGAUUUAAAAAUGAA